AUGAACCUAACCGAAUUCUCUGGUCCAUCUUUGCGGGCAGCAUAUCUUCGCACCCUUCCUGCCAUUAGAGAACGAUGCUCAAAUGUCCAUGCCAUGGCGCAGCAAGGAAAGCUCGAAUAUUUUGAUUAUAACCCGGACAAGGAGUCGUCUGUUGUGAAUUACUGCCUCGAAAUCAUGAAGAGAGACUUUCCUGCCGCUGACGGCACUGUCGACUUUGCUUCUAUCCCACCCCAUGGAAGAUGGAGGCAUCUGGAUGCGGGGAAAUUGCGCAUAGCGCCUUUGAUGGCGAAAUGGGACGAAGAACGAGGGUCGCCAGUCAGCGAAAAGGAGAAAUGCAAAAGGUUAAUUGAUUUAUUCCUCGUUUCUGUCUUACUGGAUGCUGGGGCUGGCAACCAAUGGGUAUAUAAUGAGUCAGACGGGCAAAGAUACAGUCGUUCAGAAGGCCUCGCAGUCGCAACUGUACACAUGUUUGACCAAGGUCUCUUUUCGGGGUCUCCCGCAGCUCAGCCCCAUCGAGUCGAUGCGCAGGGAUUGUCUCAUAUUAAUGAAGGAAGCAUCGCCGCCGCUAUGCAAGUCAGUGAUGCCAACCCCAUGGUUGGUCUGUCAGGUCGAACCUCGCUUUUGGUCAAUCUCAAGACUGCGUUGGAGUCUAACCCUCGCUUUUUCGGUUCCGAUGCUAGACCCGGAAAUAUCAUUGAUUUCCUGGAAUCCGAAUCGAAGCCCGAUGGUUCCUCCCAGCGUGUCCAUGUCUCAUCACUAUGGGGAGUCUUGCUUGAGGGUUUAGCUCCAAUCUGGCCUGCAAGAUAUUCCAUCGGUGGAGUGCAGCUCGGCGAUGUGUGGCCUUGCUCUGUCCUCACUACGGAUGGACAAGCUGAAGGAGACGACUUCGUACCGUUCCACAAACUAACGGGAUGGAUCACAUACAGCCUGAUUGAGCCUAUGGAGAAGAUUCUCAAGUGGAAAUUUGAUGGCAUCGAGGACAUGACUGGCCUUCCAGAGUACAGAAACGGAGGUUUGCUGAUAGACUUUGGCGUUCUUACCCUGAAACCCAGCCUUAAGUCACUUGCAAACACCAGCGGUGUUCCGUGCCUUCCACCUUCACAUGGUGCUGUAGUCGAAUGGCGGGCAAUGACGGUGAUUGAACUGGACCGCAUCGCAGACGGCAUCCGACGACAAGUUGGUGUGAACUCCUGUGAUCUGACCCUUGCCCAAGUAUUAGAAAGUGCAACGUGGAAAGGAGGCAGAGAAAUUGCCCAGCGGCUUCGGCCCUUGACGGGCGGACCACCCAUCGAGAUAGAGAGUGACGGGACUGUCUUUUGA